AUGGUCGCCUAUGGGUUGGAUGGGAGGAAGGGCCUCGAUCUUUCCUCCUGGAAAAAAAAGAUUGAGAUUCUCCAUAUACCGUGUUCACCGCCCUCCCACCUGACAAAAGAGGUCCGUUUGAACAAAUCAUCUCCGGAUAUCUGCUUCAGAACAGAAGCGCUCCUACCUAAACAUCAAAGUUCGUCCUCAAUCAAAUCGCCUCGAGACCUUGGGUUUAUAUUUGGUCGCCGGUUCCCUGACCAGAUCGAGGGCAGUGGCCGAAACAUCUGGCGAUUUGGCCGUGUCUCAAGCACCGGGAGAACAACUGGCCAUACCUUGUCUAUCUUCUUGUGUAAUACAAACUUCCACCAUCAAUGCCAGGAUAAGUUUUCCAAACGCCAGAAGCCAACGGCCAUUACCAGUCACCGUGCCACUGCAAAUCUGCCUUACGAGCUUGCCCUCAACAUUAUGGAUUAUGACGUUCUCCACGCUGAGAGUACUGAUCCAUCAGAAAUCACUUUCGGACUAGAUAGGGACGACGAUACAGCUCUCGGCGUCUCGUUCUACUUGAUAGAUGCUCAUGACUGCGUCAAUCGGAAGAUAAGGUCCAUGGUCCUCGGCAAAUUCUACUUCAUGUAUCGACUGGCGCCAGAUGGGUUAAACAUCCCAAACUUCGUCUUCAUCAACCCGAAGAAAGAUAUCGCAGAGCUCAAGCCACUUCUCGAGCGCAUGUGCAAAACAUUGGAACGAAGGAAUAUCUGGGAAGAGGAUCAGAGGCUGAGCUGGCCGAACUGGAAAUGGAAGCUGGUGUUUGAAGCAUCCCUGCAGAUUUGUUCCCGGAUCUUGCAGAAUGGGCAGAGAACCACAGUUCUGCUACGGCUUGGACCAUUAUUGCAAUCCCUGGGAUUGAUCAUCCUGCGAGACCUUCGGAAGUUUUGUCCUUUAGAGAACAAUCAUGUCGAGGUAGGAAUUCAAGUCGUCAUCCUCAUGUUCACACAAUUAAGAAUGCCUAAUGGAAGGGUCUUCUCGUCGUUUGGUGUUCUCUCUCGGUUGGCGUUCCUCACUGACUCGAUGAACCUGCCUUACUGCUUCUUUAGGGCUAGGGUGCCUGCUAGCCCAGGCGGCGAAAGACGUCUAGGAGGUAUUGCAUUGAGAUGCCAAUGUCAAUCUAUUGUUGCGAGUUAG